AUGUUCCUCUCUCUAUGGGGCAGAGCUUUGGCUUUCCCCCCAUCCCCCACCCAACCCAUCGCCAUCCGCCUGGAGGGUGACCUGACCCUGGGGGGUCUGUUCCCGGUUCACUCCCGCGGCGCCGCCGGGAUCCCCUGUGGUCCCAUCAAGAAGGAGAAGGGGAUCCACCGCCUGGAGGCCAUGCUCUACGCCUUGGACAUGGUCAACCAGGACCCCCAUCUCCUGCCCAACCUCACCUUGGGGGCCAGGAUCUUGGACACCUGCUCACGAGAUACCUACGCUCUAGAACAAGCCCUCAGCUUCGUCCGGAGUCUUCUCCCACCGCUGGGUGGUGAAGGUGGAUGUGAAGAUGGAAGUCAACCAAAGAAACCACCACCGGAGAGGUUGGUGGGAGUCAUCGGAGCGUCGGCGAGUUCCGUCUCCAUCAUGGUGGCCAAUGUGUUGAGGUUGUUUGCG